CAUAUCAACUUAAAGGAAGAAUAUUAAAUUUUAAAAAGACAAACCUAAAUUAUGGGACAAUUUCUAUCACGUUUUUUUCGCAACUCACAACAGGAAGAAAUUAAUGUGGGCAUGUUGGGUUUGGACAAUGCUGGCAAAACUACUCUAUUAUAUACAUUGCUUAACAAUUUACAACAACAAAAUAUACAACCUACCAUAGGUUUCAAUGUAGAAUCUUUAAGAUAUAAGCAAUAUCUAUUAAAAAUUUGGGAUGUGGGUGGUGCUAAACCUAAAAGUCGUGUUUUAUGGCGCCACUACAAUGAAAACACUACAAAAGCCAUUAUAUUUGUUAUAGAUUCCAGCGAUAUACGGAGACUACCCUAUGCUGUUCAAGAACUGAAUUGGUUGUGGUGGCGUACAGAGUUAUCAAAAGCGAUUUUCCUAAUAUUUUUCAAUAAACAAGAUUUGACCGGUGGAGUUCUGAAGCAACAUCAAAUUGUUGAUUUAUUAGAUUUAAGAAAUGCCUUAGAUUAUCACGAAUGUAUUGUACAGGAAUGUUGUGCCCUUACGGGAGAGGGUGUUUGGGAAGGUUUGGAAAAGCUAAUGCAUAUGUAUGAGCAUCGUAAAAUGAAAUCACGUUGGUGUUUGAGUAUAAACUAGACGAGGAUAUUACCUUCGAA